AUGGCUGUCGGUGGGGUCGGGAGCUCCCUGCUGCUGAUGUCCGGCGUCGUGGUGACCGUGGGGCUGUGCCGGAGGCUGGCCCGGCGCCGGCUGCGCUCCCGCCCGCUCCUCUUCGCUUUCCUUGUGGAGAUGUUCAGCACCUUCCAGAUUUGCGCCUGCACGAACGAGCUCAGCCUGCUCGGCAACGUGGAGCCGAAGCCGCACACCGCCCUCACCCUCACCUACGGCUUCACCGUCCUGCACGGCCUGAGCCUCGCCGGCAGCACAUGCAAUCCCUGCGGGACCCUGCAGCCCAUGUGGGGCGGCGGGACGUCGCUCAGGAUGGGGGGACUCAAGAUCGCCGCUCAGUUCGUGGCUGCAGUGCUCGCCAGAGUGUUCAUGCACUUUAUCUGGAGUCUGGAGAUGGCAGAGCCACAUCUUGGAGCACUCUCACAGGGCUGCAGUAGCCCCAUGCAGACUACAGAGAUGCAGGCGUUCUGCAUAGAACUGCUCUUUUCUGUCGUUUUCCAGCUGGCCGUCCUGCAAGCCGAAAGCGUUAAUCCCAAAUACAGAGUCCAUUUAAUUGCUCUUCUCAUCACCAUGCUCGUGUAUGCAGGUGGAAAUCUCACAGGAGCAAUAUUUAACCCAGCACUGGCGUUUUCAUUACAUGCAGAUUGUUUCUAUGACAAAUUUUUGAGUUACUCACUAGUAUAUUGGCUAGCACCAUGCUUAGGUACAAUACUUGUGGUUUUUAUAUGGGAUGAAAUCUUUCCUCGGAAAUCUUGAGACAUCAAAUCCUGAAAUUUGGGAGCACUACAUUAAAAAGUAUUUCCAACAUCUGCAGACAAAGCUUUCAGAGAACUGGUGACAGACUUCCAUGCCAUCUUUAUGCUGUAUUUUCAGAUUUCAUGUUUGAAAUACUUGACUUACCAAUUUGUAUUCAAUUAAUUAUUUUGUAAAUGAGUAUUGGGAUUUUGGGAAUAUCUGCCACCAUUUUCAGUUAAGCCAUAUGAAUGUGAAGGACUGUUAAAACCCAAAUAUGUCACUUUAGCCAUAAGUGCCAUUUGCUGACCUUUAUUAGCAUGCAAAACUAAUUUUAGAGAAAUACCCCGUCCUUUCAAGGUUUGAUUUUAUUGGAUUUCUUCCCAUUGAAGGCACCUGUAAAAAGGGAGCUGAGAUUUCUUAUACAGGCAUCAUCAUAUUCCUACUUGCCAUAUACCUCUGAGAGGAAAAGCUACACUACUUCCUAGAAAAGCCUCCACAGCUCUGUUCUAGAGGCACCCUACACCAAAAUUAAAGCCUGUAUGACCAACAUUCUUUUAAUAAUGAUAAUUUUAAUACCUGAGUACAGGUAAGUAGCCCCUCAUUUCCUUCCAGGAAGGCUCUGUCACAUCCUGUCCCAUUGGAGACUGUUGAAUGUUUACCUGGGUUGGAAAAAGCAGUAAUAAAAUACCAUAAAAUUCUGUAGACACACAUAUCAAAUGGUAUUUUAGGCAAAACCCUAGAGUUUUUAUCAGCAAUUACUGCUGUCUCUUCAUAUAGACACAGUAUAUAGGGAUGAAUCAUGUAGUACUCAAUUUGUCCUUGAUUUUAUGGAGCUCUUACCAACUUCUUUAAAAAAACAAAUGAAUCUGCAAUGCAGGAGAAUAAAUAACAGAGAUAAAAACUACAGGAAAGCUACAUACACAAGCAUGCCCUUUAUAGCCUCAGCUGAAGCAAACACCACUGACGGGUACUACCCUCUGAAGCUCUGUUUCUAGUACAAGGUUUCUUCUUCUGGCUGCAGCUUAAUUUUUAAACAUGCCAAAAUAUAUUUCUCAAAUUUAAGAGUAAAUUUGUUUUUUCUUUUUAUGGUUACUUGGUUUGAAAGGAGAUGGUUAACAAAUUCUACAAUUAUCUCAGUAUCAUGUCCCUCACCUCAUCAUCCAAAUCACCUUACAAACCAUAUUUUAAGAGAAUGGAAAUCAGAUGGGGGGUUUUUCACAGUAAACUGAUGAAGUCUUUAGCAGCUACUAUUGUCAGCUAUCUUUUUUGCAAGAGUUUGGGAAGUAAAUAUUUCCAUGUAAUUUCUUCCUUGUUGCAAUAAAAUCUUUUAUCAUUUUAUUUUUCCAAGGUAUCUGUAAGAUUAUAUUGCAAAAUUAAAUCAACUAUAUGAAUGUGCUUUAUAUACAAGAGUCCUAUCCAUGACCCUGUAUUCAGUUAUUAAUAAUAAAAACAAUUAGCCUCCUAAUAUGCUGAAGAGAGCUAGAACUGCUGGGUUAUCAUUCAGCAGCUCUUCAGUUGUAGUGUGAAUAGAUCUACCAAGGGAAAAUUGUCCUUGUUAAAACGCUCCAUAGCAAGGACCAUACACCAGCACAUUGAACCUGAAAAGAUGUGAUCCUCUGAGAAAAUACAUAUUUUUAUACCUUGUUCUGCUUCUAAAACAGAUCCUUUUGGGGGUUUCUACCUUCCCUUUCUUGCUUUACUGCUUUUUAUCUCUUUUACCUCUUUUUAAAGUGAUUCAUACCUAAUAACUUUUUCCCCCACUUUUUCACCUCAUUUCUUAGGGAAACAAGUCUUUCAAAAUCUGAAUGAUUUGAUGUCUCCUCUGAAGCCAUGGAGCCCACAGGAUAAAGGUCUCAAAAAUAAACCUCAAAGAGCAUAAAAAAAAAGAGAAAAACAGAUAUACAAACCUACAGGCAACCAAAAUUUCUUAGAGGCCCUACUUCCACAUCAUUUUUGAUGGCCUGCAAAAGCAAAGUCUAUAAAGUGGUCAAAUCAGAUCUGACUUCUCCUUGUCUGCCUUGUUUAUUUUGGUACAAUAUAUAGUUUAAAAGAAAUUGGUACAAAGCUGGGUUAUUAACAAGUAGUUGCUGUAUUUACAGGCACUAGAAUAUAUAUAUAUAUUUUUUAAAUCACUAGGAAUUAGACAAGCCUUAAAUUGACUAAAUUAAUACAAAAGAAAAACAACAAAAAUGGCAGAAAUAAUGAAAAAUAAACCUAAGCUAGGAACUGAAGAAUUUAACUAGUUUUGGUAGUGCAGGCAAAAA